ACUUACCCAACCAUGUGGUGGUGCGGGUUUGUUUCAAACACUUUGAUUAUUAUUGUGAGUUUCACGUUGGUUUGGAGUGACGAGUUGUAUUACUUACCCAACCAUGUGGUGGUGCGGGUUUGUUUCAAACACUUUGAUUAUUAUUGUGAGUUUCAUGUUUAUUUGGAGUGAGCUUAUUUUUUUGUUUAUAAGAUAUUGUAAACCUCACCUUAUCAAUUGUUGUAAUUGGUCUCUAUCUCAAUCGAAACAGUAUAGAUAUUCUUCUCUUCUCCUAAAAGACAACGAUUCCUGCGUAGUUCUAUUGCAUCGUGAGACCGUUUUUUAAAUUCUCUCUUAUAUUUUUCUGUUGUUGUUGACUGUUCAGGAUAUAUUUGUUUUAUCAAAACUUGUUUAUAUUUUUUUUGUUAUUGUUGAUUGUUCAGGAUGUAUUUGUUUUUUCAAAAUUUGUUUAUUCACUUAAUAUUUCAAACACCCUAGACAUCUUACGCCCAAGAGUUCAACUUUAUUUCUUCAUAAGCUAAACAAUCAUCGCACCCUUCGUUUCAUCGAUUCUUUUGUCUAUUCUCAAUUAGAUCUAUGAUGAGCUCAAAGCCACAUGCAGCACUUCUCUCCAGCCCUGGCCUAGGGCACCUAAUCCCAGUCCUCGAGCUUGGUAAGCGCUUGGUCACACACCACAACUUCCAAGUCACCGUCUUGGUCAUUGCUUCUCACACCUCUCCUGCUGAGUCCCAAGUUAUUGAGUCAGCCAUGUCCCCAAAACUCUUCGACAUCGCCCUACUCCCACCACCAGAUAUCUCCAGCCUAGUGGACGCUAAAACUACUACUGUUUCACUACUUUCAAUAAUGAUGCGUGAAGUCAGGCCAGCCUUUCGGACUUCAAUAUCUGCCAUGAAGUCCCGUCCCACCAUUCUCAUUGCUGAUCUUUUUGGUACAGAAUUUUUUCCCAUAGCUGAUGAGUUACAGAUGCUCAAGUACAUUUAUAUCGCUUCAAAUGCAUGGUUCCUUGCUAUGUUUCUAUAUUCUCCAAUCCUAGAUAAGGAAGUGGAAGGUGAAUAUGAAGACCAAAAAGAACCAUUCAUAAUCCCAGGUUGCAGGUCACUUCGACCCCAUGAAGUAUUUGACGCCAUGCUAGACCGAAACAACCAGCAGUAUCAUGAGCUUAUAAGAAUGGGGAUUGAAAUACCAUUAAGCGAUGGGAUUUUGUUGAACAUCUGGGAAGAUUUGGAGCCUACAACACUUGCAGCACUGAGAGAUGAAAGUCUCUUAGGUCAGGUUGCUAAGGUACCGAUUUAUACAGUCGGUCCAUUAAGGAGAUCAAUUGGGUCGACUAGUUCGACAAGCCAAUUGUUUGAAUGGCUAGACAAGCAACCAAACGAGUCUGUGAUUUAUGUCUCAUUUGGGAGUGGUGGUUCGUUGUCACACGAGCAAACAAUCGAGCUAGCUUGGGGGUUAGAGUUGAGCCAACAGAAAUUUAUUUGGGUGGUGCGCCCACCAGCUACAAAAGGUGCAGAUGCGGCAUUUUUCACCGUAGGGAGUGGAGAGAAUGAUGUGUCUGAAUAUUUGCCAGAAGGGUUCUUGAAUCGGACCCACAAGUUAGGGAUAGUGGUCCCCAUGUGGGCCCCACAGGUGGAUAUCUUGAGCCACGACUCGGUUGGAGGGUUUUUGUCACACUGUGGUUGGAACUCGACGAUUGAGAGCAUCACCAGUGCAGUGCCAAUGAUAGCAUGGCCACUAUACGCAGAGCAGGGAAUGAACGCUACGUUGCUGAAUGAGGAGUUUGGUGUGGCUGUUCGAUCUAAGGUAUUGCCGACGAAGGAAGUGGUGGGGAGAGAGGAGAUAGAGACGGUGGUGAGAAAGAUCAUGGAAGACAAUCAAGAAGGGAAUGUAAUAAGGGCUAGAGUUAAGCAUCUUAAAUGUGAUGCAGAGAAAGCUUUAUCUGAAGGUGGCUCCUCGAAUAAUCAGCUGUCUCAGGUGGCAAAACACUGUGAGAUACACAUGCAACGCAUGAAGGUGAAGGACUGAAGGCGUCUUGAGCCACCAGUCCAAGGUCUCGAUGGAAUUUUCUUUUUCUUUUAAGAAUCUACCCAUGUGUUAAAGUAACUUUGGUGCUCAUUGCUAAUAAUCAAUUUCUGUAUAGAGUAUAUGCAUCCCCUCUCAUAUAAUUUAUGUGAACCUCACAUCUAUAUGUGACAUUGUGAUUCACAUGUUAAAAGAGAAAAGAUGUAUAUACGAGAUACAUGAGAUAUCUUUUUAAUCAUAAGUGACAUAUUUAGUGUAAUGUAUAGUUAUCUAUAGCUCAUCCAAUUCUUAUUUCUUGUAAAGAUCUUUACAAUUAUUAUCAAUCUUAGUAAUAUAUUUUCUUUCAUA